AACCCCAUCUACCCCAUGCUCCCCCCUCUUCCCAACAUACACUCGCGCGCAUACACGCACGCUGGACUCGAUCUACCUAGUUAACUCAACUUCGCCGCGACUACCGGAGACUACCAAAACCUCGGCCCAGCACCUAGACACACACACAAAGCAACCAACAGAAGGGGAGGAGAAAAUUAUGGGACGCUGGUGCCUGGAGCUUACACUCUUCAUACAGGACCUUGUCUAGAAUCGCUCAUAGUAGGGAGAGCUCCGGUGUAGCUAUUGUCACCCGCCGCGACACAAGGUCUCUUGUCCCCUGUGUUUCAAGAUUGCAAUUUUGAUUUUAACACAAUGGGGUGCUGUAGUGGCCGGUGCACGCUCAUCUUUAUUUGCACGUUCCAGUUGAUGGUGGCGUUGGAGAGGCAGGUGUUUGACUUCCUGGGCUACCAGUGGGCUCCCAUCCUGGCCAACUUCUUCCACAUCAUCAUCGUUAUACUGGGACUCUUUGGCACCAUCCAGUACCGGCCACGCUACAUUGUGGUGUACACUGUGUGGGCUGCUCUCUGGGUGGCCUGGAAUGUCUUCAUCAUCUGUUUCUACCUGGAUGUGGGAGGCCUUUCCAAGGACAGCGACCUGCUGACAUUCAACAUCUCGGCCCACCACUCGUGGUGGAGUGAGCACGGCCCGGGGUGUGUGAGGAAGGAGAUGUCCCAGCCAGGCGUGCGCACUGCCGACAGCCAGUCCUACAUCUCCGUCAUGGGCUGCCUCAUGGACUACCAGUACAUAGAGGUCGUACACAGCAGCACCCAGAUCCUCAUAGCGCUCCUGGGCUUUGUGUAUGCCUGUUAUGUUGUCAGCGCCAUUACUGAGGAGGAGGACAGCUUCGAUUUUAUUGGGGGAUUUGACCCAUUCCCUCUGUACCAUGUCAAUGAGAAACCAUCUCACCUCCUGUUAAAGCCCAUGUACCUCAGGGAUAAACAGCAGGUCUACGUAAAUGAGGCCGUGUCCAGGAGGGAGCUGACACAGCAGGUUCUCAUGGACACAAAACGGCUGCUCUGACCCGGUCCUAGAGUGCACCAGGGAACACCAGACAUUCCUCCAUUCCAUAACUUCAUCUUUUCAGUACAUUCAACGUGUUAGAUUUGCUGGUGCGCUGCCGGGAGAACCCUGUACCUCCAUGUUUAGUGGGAACGUAGGGAGGGCCGGGGGGAUUUAACCACAGUGUAACAAUGACGUGUUGUGUUGUUUCAUUAGAAUAAAUACAUAUUUUAUUUACCCUGCAUUACAAAUGUUAUCAGACAGGGACCUGGUAAAUCCAUUAGACUCUUAGAGGGUGAUAAAUGUGUACAGCUCAGCACUCCUGCGCUGAGACUGUCUAGGCUGCUGGACUGGCUGUGGUUCAGCAUGUUAUUGUUGGUUGGACUCAGAUUAUCACUGUAAAGCUGAAUUGCAGUGGAGGUUGUGGAAUGAGCCUUUUGUGUGCUGACUGGCUGUUUACUUUAGGCUAGGGCCUACACACGGAAAUACACAAGCAGGGCAGGAAGAGGGGGGAGGGUGAAGGAGUUUGUUUGUGGGGACGCUGUCAAAAAAUAGAACCUCGGUAAGAAAUUACUAAAAUGACUGCAAACUAACCAUCAGGAAUACUCAGUUUUAGAGAGUUAAUGUAUAACAGUACCAGGCACAAGCCCCCCUUUCAGGGUUAUCGACCUGCUGGGACUCAUUUAUCCAUGCCAGAAGCAGUAUUUUAUCAUUAAGAGUUGAUGGAUUUGGGAUACACGUGUCCAUAUAGUGUGCAAAGUUUUGUUCAUGUUAUACUUUGGCUGGUGGCUAACUGGGUUGGCUCUGGGGAGAUGGCCAAAUUGUAAGAACUACCCAGACCAACUGUUCUUUUCAAUUUACAAACCUAUGUGAUCUGAUUGUGUAGCUACCGUCCAUAUUGCACACAAAUACAUUUAAUUGAGUGUAAAUUAGUGUUAAUUGUAUGUCAUUAUAAAAGUAGCAAAAGUAUAGCAGAACCAACAAAUAAGAUAAACAAACACAAUCAUUUCAUUAUCAUAGAUUUGCCUCUGAUAUUUUCCUGAUUACGCAUGUUUUUAGAGGUUUUAUAUGAUACAAUGUGUGUGUAUACUUUACAUAGACAUAACUUGUAAAUGCAAUUCACAAAACAUGGAUGGGGACAUGUUCUAAUGUAGCUGGAAGAUCUGCUGCAUAUAAAAGCAUUUGUCAUGUAUUGACCAAUCGGUGACAUCCUUUCGGUGGUCUGAGCCAGUAACUUCUCCAAACACUUGACCGUCCCUUAUUGCCUUACUGCUUAUGUAAGUCACUACUGCCCCCUAGUGCUCAGUUUGAUGAUGUAAAGUUAAAAAGGCUACUGACAUUUUAUUUUAUGAAAAUGUAAUCUUUUUAUUUUACCAUACUUAUUUGUUUAUGAUUUUUAUAUAAUAAGUCAGUCUGUGGACAGUUAUGAAUGUUGUCUCUAGGUGUGCUGAUCAUUGGCUGGACCUCUGCAGUCUUUAAUGUCUCUGCAUGUGUCUGAUUGUUCUUUAGACCCACUCAGUCUUACUCCUGAUACCAUUCAGAAACACAUAGGGCUUCAUCUACAUCUUUUUAGUUCAACCCCUGUAAUUAAAUUGACAAUGCAAUGUUUCAGCUGUGAUAUGAAUGCAAUGGUUAGCCUUUUUUAAUCAAAGCUAUGCUUUUUACUUCAUCAAAGGGUCCUUGAACAGAGGACAUGAGAAGCAUACUGUUUGGUUGUUCUUUGUCUAAACACCUGCGGUAAACAUCCAUGUGUGAUGGUCAGUUGUGUUCACUGCCAAAGCUUCUCGUCUAGACUGAAAGUUUGAAAAUCACUGAUGUAUUCCAACUUGCUUAAUUGACCUUUAUGGUGACUUGUCACUGUGAAGAUUGUUAACUUCGGCUCAAACACAAAUUUAACACAUUGUAAUGUACAUAUAUUUUAGUUAACUGGCAAGCAACUGUAGGUGUUUGGGGUCAAAAUGUCACAUUUAUAUGUGCAAUAUUAAUGUUGCAACAACUAAUAGGUCUAUCAAUACUUUCAUUAAAUGUUUAUGGCCAUGGUUAUUACUAAGUAGCAAACACUAGCCCUAUAAUCUUGCCAAAUAUUAGAGAUCCUUGAACAGUCCCAUGUAUCAACACAGGUAAACUUGGAAUCCAGCUCAUCCAUGCAAACUGAAACAGCUACAGUGUAGUUGGGAUGGUGGUUGAGGACUGGGUAUAACUGAAAAUAAAUUCCUCGUUUGUAGGUCAUUCUGUUCCAUUGUAUAGGACUCUCUCCUAUGUUUAAUGUCCUCUGUAGUCCCAGAUCCAUGUGAUCCAGUGGUGUAAUCCGAUUUGGCCAACACAGUGAUUUGCGUUAAUGUAA